AAAAUGGAAUAUGCCGGUGGAAAUUCCUUCGUGUGAACGCAUUGGCUGCUGCCUGCCUGCCUAUAAAUAUUCGCAUCCCUUCAUUUUCCUUUUCUCACCAUCAAAUUUCUUCAUCUCUCUCUCGCUCGCUCGCUCCCAACAGAUAAAAAAAAAAAGUUGGUGAGAAAGAAACAGAAGAGAGAGAAUUUGUAAAAGCUAGCUUAGCCAUGGCUAAAGAGCAAUUACAGGUUCUCAAUGCACUUGACGUAGCAAAAACACAAUGGUACCAUUUCACUGCAAUUAUCAUUGCUGGAAUGGGAUUCUUCACAGAUGCAUAUGAUCUCUUCUGCAUUUCUUUGGUGACCAAGUUGCUCGGCCGCAUAUACUACCACGUUGAAGGCGCAGAGAAGCCCGGGACAUUGCCUCCGAAUGUGUCAGCUGCCGUAAAUGGUGUGGCGUUUUGUGGAACCUUAGCAGGCCAGCUCUUCUUUGGCUGGCUUGGUGACAAGAUGGGAAGGAAGAAAGUUUAUGGAAUGACUCUUAUGCUUAUGGUCAUAUGUUCUAUUGCUUCAGGUCUCUCAUUUGGGCAUACCCCAACAACCGUAAUGUCAACGCUUUGUUUCUUCCGGUUCUGGCUAGGGUUUGGUAUUGGCGGUGACUACCCUCUUUCUGCCACAAUCAUGUCUGAGUAUGCUAACAAGAAGACUCGGGGCGCUUUCAUUGCCGCGGUCUUUGCCAUGCAGGGGUUUGGAAUUUUAGCAGGUGGGAUAUUUGCUAUUAUCUGUUCGGCCGCGUUUAAUGCCAAUUUUGAUGCUCCAACAUAUAAGGUCAAUGCACUUGCCUCAACCGUUCCACAAGCGGACUAUCUGUGGAGGAUUAUUGUGAUGGUAGGAGCAAUCCCAGCUGCACUGACUUACUACUGGCGCAUGAAGAUGCCUGAAACUGCCCGUUACACCGCCCUUGUUGCAAAGAAUGCGAAACAGGCUGCAUCCGACAUGUCAAAGGUUCUGCAGGUAGAAAUUGAAGCAGAACCCCAGAAGGCUGAGCCGACUGCUAAUGCAUUUGCUUUGUUCUCCAAGGAGUUUAUGCACCGUCAUGGACUUCACUUGCUUGGAACAACAAGCACUUGGUUCUUACUUGACAUUGCAUUCUACAGCCAAAAUCUGUUCCAAAAGGAUAUUUUCAGUGCGAUCGGAUGGAUUCCUCCUGCAGAGACAAUGAAUGCUAUUGAAGAAGUUUACAGAAUCGCAAGGGCCCAAACUCUUAUUGCAUUGUGCAGUACUGUCCCUGGCUACUGGUUUACGGUAGCUUUCAUUGACAGGAUUGGAAGAUUUGCAAUUCAGUUGAUGGGAUUCUUCUUCAUGACAGUGUUCAUGUUUGCACUGGCUAUUCCCUACGAACAUUGGACUCACAAGGACAACCGAAUUGGGUUCGUAGUGAUCUACUCAUUGACCUUCUUUUUCGCAAACUUCGGUCCUAAUGCAACCACAUUUGUUGUGCCGGCUGAGAUUUUCCCAGCUAGGUUCCGGUCUACGUGUCAUGGAAUCUCAGCUGCGUCCGGGAAGCUUGGCGCCAUAGUUGGUGCAUUCGGGUUCUUGUACUUGGCUCAGAACAAAGAUAAGAACAAGACAGAUGCAGGGUACCCUCCAGGCAUCGGGGUUAAAAACUCGCUCCUUGUGUUGGGUGUGGUCAACUUCUUGGGGAUAUUGUUCACCUUCUUGGUGCCUGAAUCGAAUGGGAGGUCGUUGGAGGAGAUGUCGGGUGAGAACGAAGAAGAAAGCGAAACCGGGACAGUGGAGUUGGAGCAAUCAAGCUAUAACAACAGGACAGUUCCAGUUGUGUAGGUUGGAUCUAUAAGCAGUGCAGAAAAUAAUGUUGUAAUGUAAGCCUGUAGUUCAUUUUGGGGAGGGGUAUUUCAUCCUUUGUGGUAUAACAUGUGUGUACGUAAAGCGUCAGCGUUUAUCUUUGAACCUAAUGUUUUGUGUUUGAAAUUGUCAUCUGCGGUUCGCGUGUAUGAUCAAAACUAGGGUACCCAUGUUUCUCUCCGCAGCUGUGACUAAAUGGUAUUGAGUAUAUAAAGUAGAAGAGAAUCAUCAACCGUUUUCUGUUUCUCAAUGUGAAAGUUGAAUUUAUUUUGGGGGUUUAGGUUGUUU